GCGGCCGUCGUGUUAAACUAGCGAGUGUUGUCUUCGCAGGUCUAACAGCACACUUGGAAAUUGACCAUACGUUGAAAAUGCAACGUUAGUGACUUGUGCAUUGUAGAAGAAUAAGUGAGAGUGUGUAUAUGCGUUAAAACAGAUUAUUCCAAAGGGAGUACAGCAGUCGGGGACUUUAGUGUGUGGUUAUUAAAUGGUCCCCGAGGAACCUCGCCGAUUGUGCGACGUGCCGGAUGCAAUUCCUGGUGGUGCUGCAUGUAUGGAACGACAAAACAGGACAGCAUGCAAUGGAAUUUGGGAUCGGAGAACUUGGCCACUAACAGAAUACAGAUUUAAAAAAAAAACACUAUGAAACCCUUCCAUUUUUGUUGCCAUAACUUUGCUUCUGAACAAACAGUGUUAAAGGAACAAUGGCUUUUUGAGCAGCUUUACAAUCCUUCCCCUCAAAAGCAGCUCAUAUUGUGCUGCUAGUAUAAAUGCUCAUGGAAUUUGAUUCUCUUCCAACACUAGAGAGGAAAAUGUCAGGUGCCGAACUAAUGAACAAAUCACACGAGGACACAAUGGAUGAACUAGACCAAAAACCCACGACGAAGCCCUGCACAUUCAGCGAGGACACAUGUAUGCCUAAUAGUUCUCCCAUAAAAGACAACAGUCAGCAUGAUAAUCCAGUGGACAUUUAUGACAAGGACUCUUCUGAUAAUCAUGAAGAUCAAUGCAUUGCUCCAACAAAAUCCACACAUGGCCCUACAGAAUCGCAAGCACUUAUUGACAAACCUCUGUCUGGUAUUUCCUCUGAUGAAAUGUCUUUAUUGAUGCACAGUUCAAAAAAGGAUGAUUCAGACGGGAAAGCCAAUCACAAAUAUGACAGUUUAGAGGAGACAAGUGAGGCGACUAAUGCAUCAAACAGCUUAUCUCCAAUACGUGUACCACUUCCAGAGGGUGAGCAGAAGCACAUUGCUCAGCAGCUUGAUCAGAAACUUUCGCCUGUGGACGAACAUCUUUCUGGAAAAAGCGAGGCAGUGAAUACUGAUAAUCCACUUGAAAGAGACGGCUCCUCUUAUCGUGGCCGUCCACGUAAGGAAAAGCGAGUUAUUAAAUGUGAGUUCUGUGGACGUCCGUUCAAUCAUGCAUCAGCUUACAUAAUCCACAGGCGUGUCCACACGGGUGAGAAGCCUUUCAGUUGCCAGGUUUGCGGUAAAGCCUUUGCUCAACUCUCCAACCUUAGAUCACACACUAAGAUCCAUAAUGCCCCGAAAAGUUUAACCUUGCAAAAUUCUAGUAUACAUCAAACCAAAGCCGUUGUUCCUAAGAGCGUAACACCACCGAGGGAGACCCAAGUGAGCAUGACUCCAAUUUUUAGUAAUGACUGCUCAGACAAAAGCGAUGAGCCUCUCAAUAGAAGCAGAAAACCUGUAGCUUGUCCUAUCUGUGGAAAGGUCUUUCCCUACAAAUCAGUGCUUAAAAUACAUCUUCGGACUCACAGUGGAGAAAAACCCUACUCUUGCAGGGUGUGUGGCAAAGCAUUUACACAGGCAUGCACUGUCCGUGUCCAUGAAAGGGUACACUGGUCUGUCAAACCAUUUCUAUGUUCUAAAUGUGGGAAAGGAUUUUCACAGAUUGGGACACUGAAAGGUCAUACCUGUGAAGGGAAAAAGCAGACCCAUGCUACUUUAAAAGAAAUGGAAAUAGCUGGUGUUGUAACCUUCAGAUGUCAUCUUUGCAAAAAGUGCUUUAGCACAAGAGAUGAGUAUGACAUUCAUGUACAAGCACACACAGAUAGUUACCGUUAUAGCUGUGAUCGGUGUGGUCAGAAGUACAGUCUUCGCUCUGAGCUUGACACUCACGUAAGACAUUGUUUUUCAAUGUGGCUUGCAAAGACAAAGCCACAUGGUCAUUCGUCAGUCAAAGUAGAAAACAAAACCACUGAGUCUAAAACAGAUCAAGACUCCCCUAUAAAGGUGCAGAGACCCAGCUUGGUUGAAUCUUGUAAACAGGAAAACCAGAGUAAGCAGUGUAAAACACCACAGUCUGAGUUAUUCCAGUCUCAGAAACGUAAGAAAUACCCUUCUCUGCUGGCCUGCCCCUCAAAGGUGAUGGCCACCUCUGCUUACGAGCCUCAAAACAACCUCAGUCAUUGUCAACCUUUUAAAGCCAGUUACAUCGUAGCUCUGUUAAACGGUCUGGACCAAAAAUCUGACCCAAGGAAGUAUUUGUGUCCACGCUGCGGACGGCUCUUCAGGCAUGUAGGAAGAUUGAGAGCUCAUAUGCUAAGUCAUGCUCGGGAUAAGAGCUUCAUCUGUGGACACUGUGGGAAAAUCUCUGAGAACUGGAGCAACUUUUGGCGUCAUCAGCGCGUGCACAAACAAAGACGAGGCCGCUUCUUUUGUCCAAAAUGUGGUCGGGGUUUUCGCUUUGCCAGUAUUUAUAUGGAGCACCUGCAACAACAUCCAGAACUUAAUGCAUAUUUUUGCCCCAUCUGUCCUCACACCUUUUCCAAUGCCACAAGUUUAAAGAACCACCAACAGGAAUGGCAUCAGUCAAGCAUGCCUCAUUUAUGUGACAUCUGUGGGAAAGGUUUUUUGACUUCCAUUGUCCUAAAGCGUCACCGAGUAACACAUUGUUUUAAAAACUCGCAGGUGGAUAUGCCUUAUGUGGUUGAUGUCCAGCCUAUGAUAAAACCUUACGAAUGUGGUAAGUGUUCUGCCAGUUUUAAAACCUUGGAUUUACUUUUUAGUCAUCAGCUUUGCCAUUCACCUAAAGGCCCAGUGUAUCUAAACAAUAACGGGCAUGAAAACCUGAAGAAGGGGCAACACUCUCCGCCUGGUUCAAACACUCUACACUUUAGCAUUUCUACAUCUCAUCAAAAUAAUAUAGAACCUUGUCAAGAUCUCAAUCAUAGUCAUCAUUUCACUUCCAUCCCUCCAGGUUCAGUUCAAACGCAAACCCAGGAGGGAAUGGAUAUCUGUAAUGUAGAAAAUAUGAUGACAUUUCCACUUGUUGCAUCAGAUUCUAAACCUAUACUUUUAGAAAAACAAGAAAUAAAAAGCUCUAUGUGUACUUACAUGAGCUCUGUAAAAACUAAGGAAUUGCUCAGUGGGACUAUUCUAGAGUCCAAAUCAGUGCACAAAGCUGGGCAUCUAGUGUGCACAGACUGCGGUGCUUGUUUUGCAUUACUUCCAGCUUUGCAUGAACAUUACUUGAAACAUGCCAGAGGAGAGAUAUAAAUAAGAUGUCUUUAUGAAAGAAUGCUCAUCAUACCUUUUAGAGGACAUUGCCCAUGAGCACUCAUGGGAUAUUUGUCAUUUACUACUGCAAACAGUUUCUUUUACAUGUAGAAGUGCACAAUUUAUGAUGGAUUUAAUGAGAGUUGCGUGCUCUUUUUAAAAAGGCAGACAUCUUUAUAUCGAAUAAUCGUAGAAAGUAUUGCCUGCAAUUGGAUAUUAACAACGAAAUCAGUUAUUUUAGAUCUAUUAAAGCUUUAUGUAUAGUAAUUAACUACUGGUGUAGUUAAGAAAAAUGUUUUAAAAUGAUAAUGGUCUGGAACAUACAAAACAUCCCAGUUUAAAUUAUAGUUUAGAUAGCUGUUCAAAACAGCUGUACUUUUUUGUGAUUAAAAUUGGUUUGUAAAAACAGAUGAUGUCUAUUAUAACAUGGUUGUAUUGAGCGUUCUCCAUACUCAAAAGUGUUUCAGUUUUUUUUAUUUUGUGUAUCACAAUGUGUAUAGAUUUUUAUUUUAUAUAUCUGUACUUUUUAUACCUAAAAUGUAUUUU